AUGGACUUCAAGAACUCCAACACCAACUCCCCUUCCCCAUCCAAGCCAAGAAGAAAGCACCAUGACCAACACUCACAGCACCCACACCCACAAGAGCCCACAAGGUUUCUAGGCGUUCGACGACGCCCAUGGGGCCGAUACGCCGCUGAAAUUCGAGACCCAUCUACCAAAGAAAGGCAUUGGCUUGGCACCUUUGACACUGCCGAGGAGGCUGCCUUGGCCUACGACCGUGCCGCUCGCUCCAUGCGUGGCUCCAAAGCUCGCACCAACUUUGUCUACUCCGACAUGCCUCAUGGCUCAUCCGUCACCACCAUUAUCUCCCCUGAUGACUCCCAACUCUUCCCUCCAACCCCAACCCCAACCCCAACCUCCCUCCCCCAAACCCAACCCAACCACCUUUGCUUCACCCUUCACGACGACCCGUUCACUGCCACCUCAUUCCCCGGAAACGACUGGCUCCCCGACACCGACUCUUAUCAACCCGUCACCGCCUUCAUGGACACCGGUAUCCCACACCACAACGCCGAGCUCCCCCCGCUUCCACCCGACGCUUCUUCUUCCUAUAACGAUUGUGCCACCAUGAUUGAUUGGUCCUCUUCAUCUUCUUCCUCUUUUAUCGGCUUCGAUUCGAACACGCCUUUGCCGCCCUUCCCCGACACCAAUAACGACGCGUUUGGAUUCGGUUCAUCGUCCAAUUACUUCUACUGA